AUGGUGGCAGCAAUGGUUUCCCAGUGGGACAACAAUUCCACGAACACUACCACAAUACCGACUGAGCUAUCCACGAGAACCGGUGACCAAUUAGCUUCACAGAAACGCACAAUGGCGACGUUGUCGGCUGGUGGUAACGAUGGCAUUAGCGUUAUUGGCAGUGCUACAACGGCGCUCACGAUGGUUGGGGCAGCGACACGAAACGGUAGACCGUCGGGAUGGAAACCGCUGACCGGAGCAACAGAAAUGAGUCCUCCAACAACGACAGAAGCGGCAGAAACGGGGAGGAAGCGAUGUUCCUGGCUUUGUCGGUUAUACAAGCGGUGGCGGCGGCUAGCUGAUGUGGAAUGGUCUCGGAAGAGGGGACACCAUGGUAAUCUCGGCACCGGCCACAGGCCCGUCAUCGGAGUCGCAUGGAGUCGCCGACGAUCCUACUAUGGCCUCACGGAGGCAGUUGCUGGGACGAGGGGAAAGGGGAAUAAGGUGAAGAUGGCGGCUGCAUAA